AUGGCCACCCGUCUCCAGUUCGAAAACAGCAGCGACAUCGGUGUAUUCGCUAAACUCACCAACUCGUACUGCUUGGCCGCAAUCCAAGGCAGCACUAACUUCUACUCCGCUUUCGAGAGCGAGCUUGGAGAUGUCAUCCCUAUCGUACACACGAGCAUCGGUGGCACAAGAAUUAUCGGACGUUUGACAGCAGGGAACCGCCACGGACUUCUCGUGCCAUCUUCAACGACCGAUCAAGAACUCCAGCACCUUCGAAAUUCCUUACCAGACGCUGUUGCGAUCCAGCGGGUGGAGGAGCGUUUAUCCGCUCUCGGAAACGUUAUCGCUUGCAACGACCAUGUUGCGCUCGUCCAUCCCGACGUCGAUCGCGAGACAGAGGAAAUCAUCGCCGAUGUCUUGAAGGUCGAGGUCUUCCGACAAACCGUGGCUGAUAACGUCCUGGUGGGCAGCUAUUGUGCGAUCACAAAUCAGGGUGGUCUGGUGCACCCCAAGACGAGUGUCCAGGAUCAGGAUGAGUUGAGCAGUUUGCUCCAGAUUCCUUUGGUCGCCGGGACAGUCAACCGUGGAUCCGACGUUAUCGGCGCUGGCCUCGUAGUCAACGAUUGGUGUGCAUUCACUGGUCUGGAGACCACAGCGACAGAGAUCAGUGUGAUUGAAGCUACCUUCAAACUGCAAGGUCACGAUUCUGGCGCAGUGAUAGGAGAGAUGCGGGACUCACUUAUCGACAAUUGGGCGUAA